UAGUAUGUGUAUAUUCGUUGCGGGUCAUUAAUCUUCUUAAAAGUUAAGUAUGGGUAUUACCGGCUUACUUCCUUUCUUAGAAAAAUCUUCAAAGAGAACAAAUAUUAAUGAGUUUGCCGGUGGUACUGUUGCUAUUGAUUCUUAUUGUUGGUUACAUAAAGGUGCGUUUUCUUGUGCUGACAAAUUGUCAAUGGGACAACCGACAGAUGCGUACGUUGAUUACUGUAUGAAAUUCAUAUAUAUGUUGUUUAGUCAUAAAAUUAAACCAAUUCUUGUAUUCGAUGGACGACAUUUGCCUGCCAAAGCUCAAACCGAAGCUAAACGACGAGAAGCCAGACAAACAAAUCGUCGUAAAGGUAUUGAGUUAAUAAAAAUGGGACAAUAUGCUGAAGGAAGAAAUUUAUUAAGAAGGUCUUUAGAUAUUACACACGAAAUUGCAUUAGAAUUAAUUAAACAAUGCCAGAAAAUGAAUAUAGACUGUAUUGUAGCACCUUAUGAGGCAGAUGCACAAUUAGCAUAUUUGAACAUCAGUGGAAUUGCUGAUGUUGUUAUUACUGAAGAUAGUGAUUUAACAUUAUUCGGUUGUAAAAAGGUAUUUUUUAAAAUGGAUGUAAAUGGAAAUGGUCUUUUAGUUGACCAAGAACGUUUACAUCUUGCAAUGGAUCUGCAAGCUGAACAUUUCAGUAUGGAGAAUUUCCGUUAUAUGUGUAUUUUGUCAGGCUGUGAUUAUCUACCUUCUCUCCCUGGUAUUGGGUUGAUUAAGGCAAAAAAGUUCAUUAUGAGAAAUACAGAUUGUGAUAUACAUAGGGCUUUAACUCGUUUGGGAUCUUACCUAAAUAUGAAAUCCUUAGUUGUUACGAAAGAAUAUAGAGAUGCAUUUAUGUUAGCAGAUAUUACCUUUAAACACCAGUUAGUAUUUUGCCCUUUACAAAGAAAACAAGUUCGUUUACAUCCACCUUUGUCUGAUGUGACAGAGGAACAAUUAUAUUAUGCUGGUACAGAAACAGAUUCAGAUACUGCAUUACAACUUGCCUUGGGAAAUUGUGAUCCUUUUUCUUUACAAAUACUUCAUGACUUUGAUCCUGAUAAAACAAUGAGCCAAGAUAAAUGUAAUACAUGGGGCCAUAAAUCAAUUUAUUCUCAACAUAUUAGCAUUUGGGCAAAACACUAUAAAUUAACAAAAAGUUUGUUACAAGGAUCUCCUCGAGAUAAGAAUCUUAUGACUUGGCCAAACACUGUUGGUAAAGAGAUGGUUCUCCAAACAAAUCUCUUAAAACGAGCUAUUUUCGUGGAACAGGAGGCUAAUCCUGAGUAUACAGAACUGAAUGGAAAAGAAAUUUUAAAUAUGUACGAAUCAAAUGAGAAUGAGAUUGAAAAUAAUUUCAAAACAGAUGUAUCUACCACUGAAGAAAUAGUAUCUCCUGUUUUAAUCAGACGAACAAAUCCAUUUUCACAACAACCAUCUUCUGAUAAAACUUCUCCAAGUCUUUUGUCUAAAGGUAAAAGUCGUAUAAAAGGAAGAAAUAUACGGCGUGUUAGAAGAACAGUUAUAAAUGAAGACAUUAUUACAGAAAGUAAAUUCUUUGCUAAAUCAAGCGUUGAAAGUAACGUUGAAACGGACGAUGAUAGGUUGUCUUCAUCGAAUAAUUCAAAUAUUUCACAAAAAAAAGAAAACAUGAAUUUUCAGAAAACAAAUUCAACGAACAACGUUAACCUUCAGUCCUUAAUGGAAACUGACGAAAUGGAAAGAGAAUCACAUUCCAUGGAUGUAGAUGAAGAGCAUACUACGUCAUUUGCCUCAAAUCAGCGUAAUGAUGACGACUGUUUAAAUAGUUUCUCGAACUGUAAUUUAGAAAAAUCAUAUUCAGAUGUUCAAGUAAAUGAGUCUGUCUUAAACAAAGAUAAUGAACAAUCAUAUACUUUAAGCGAUUCAGUGAUGCCAUUAAAACCUACUAUAGAUACUGAGUUUUUAAUUCCACAAGAAGAUAUAAGUACUUUAAGUAGUAGUUUCUUUACAGGGUCUAAUACAAAUUUGUCCGUGCAAUUAAACAACAGAAUUACACAUAGUAAAAGGAAAAAUUCGUCAAAUUUUAGAGCUGUAAAUAGUAAAGCAAACAUAACAAGUACUAGACGUAAAAGUCAAGACCUGUGUUCAGUACAAAGACAACAAAGUUUAUUGAGCAUGUAUGGAUUCGAGAAGAAAAAACCAAUUUGA